AUUAACAGUCUCAUUUUUCCGAAUUCCUCUGAGGCAUAAAUAAAAACUAACCAAAUUUUGGUCAAGAUCGAUUUUUUUUAUAAAUAAAAAGACCCAAUAAAAGUGUAACUUACAACAAUCUCAAUUCUGACUUAAUUUUUUUCACAUGGCAAAAAAAGUAUGAAUUGAGAUGACGAUUAUUUAACUUCUUUCAAAGCUUAGUUUGCAUUUCUACGAUAGUCGUUAACUUCAUUACAAGCCGAAAUUACCACAAUUCUAAAGUAAAAUUAGAACUUAAAUGCGAGACAUCUUCAUUCAAGUUACAAAAAAUAGAGUAAUGGUGCCUCAAAAAUUAGGUGAAAUUACACACCAAUGUCAUCUGCAUAAAAGUCUUUGAUGUUCUGACUAAAUGAUUGUUUAAAUUUCUGAAAUUCAAACAUCAUACUUCCUUCAGCGACCUUUCUUUAUUUGCACCCAAUUAACGAUAAAUUCUUUUUUUUUUGCUUCAAGUUGUGGUUUGUCGGACUAUGUCCAUUGUUCCGCCUACUUCCAUCAAUUUUUGCACAACAUGGAUCUGAUUUUGCAGCUAAAAUGCUGAUUAUCCCUUCGCUUAUUAGCCUAUCUUUUUUCUGCUGACAUUAAAUCCUUUUCUGACUUCAGACGAAGAAAAAUUUAUUCCCUAUUUUGUUUUUUUUUCAAUUUCUCAGUCGUUGCAUUUAUUACUUAAGUUAUCAAAUUGCGCAUUCAGUUAACUGCUCAAGUUACCAACAAUGGCCGUUUAACAAAACGGAAACAGUUGGGCCCCUGAGAGUUCUGCCCAAUGCACCGGAGCUUCUUUUAUUUGCCACUACUAGUCAGUUAGCUGGUCAGCUAACAAAUCUUCAGUCUUACGGUGUAUUACUCUUCUAUCAUUACCAUUGCCCAACCUGUGGAAAAGCGGCCACGAGGGAUUAGAAAGAAGACGAGCUAAAAACUGCUUACGUGUGAAGACAGUUUACUCAACACUCAAUUCUUGUUAAACGAUCACUUCGGCUUGCUAAACCUCUCUUUGAAACAGAUAAAGUUAAUUGUUAGUUUUUAAAGAACUUCUUUACCGAAAAAUACAAAACUGAAGUAGAAAAAGAAUAUAUAAAGACGAAGAAAACACAAAGUUUAUUGAGAGACGCGAAGGAGGAGGAGUUAGUUAUCGGCUAAGUUUGAUUGACAGUUGGUGUUGACAGCUGAUUGACAUGCGUGAUAUCAAUUGGCGUCUGGUGACGCAGGGCGUGUUGCUUUGUCUGUUCACCUGUAUUAGGACUGCAACGCCCAGCACCUUUUUCUUUACACUCCCUUUCAUCGCAGACUGUCUACCGUCCUUUCCUCCGAUCAGCUUAGUGUCUGCGGUAGUUUCAACAGUGCGACUGGCAUCCACUGCACUGGUGGCCCUGUACCCGAAAGAGUGUCUGGAACUGCUGGCCAUUCUUUCCCUCUUCGCUUCUCUGUUCGGACUAUGUUCCGACUUCUACCUAGACAUACCACCAGAAUACCAGGGCUACUGGGUGUUUGCCUCUGCCAUUUUCAUCUUCUUCUGUUCCGGAAGUAGCAUCGCCAGAGCACUCAUAGUCACAGAAGACUCCAGGGGGGAUCUGGAGAAGAUGAGCAAUGUGUACACCUGUGCGAAAGAGUCCGUAUUCCUAGUUUCGUUCGUGAUCUCCUUUGUCAUUAUCACUCAUGGCUGCUGGACUGGGUUCGGAAUAUGGGUGGGGGCAUCUUACGGCCUCAUUUUUGUCAUGUGUGCCACCAUUCUUCUCGCCAGGCGAAGAUCACUCUUCGUGGGAUCUCUGUUCCGCAUGUCCGACUCCUACGAGAGUCUGGAUGGGUCAGAUGAAUGUGACGAGUCUUCCGACCUGAGAGACAUGGGCAAACACGGAGGAAGCCACAAGUCCACAAACAUACUUAUCAAUUUUUUCGAGGACAUCCGUUCAAUCCAGAAGUCGCUGUGGUUCUUCGUGCAGUUCGCAGAGUCCAUCGGAGUGGUGAGUGGCAUUGUAAGUCUGAGUGCAGUGAUGCUAGUGAAGGACAAGUGGGAUCUGACCAGAGUGGAGACCUCUCUCUUCACCCUCCUCCCCAUGGCCAUAACACUGCCAGCCUUCCUUCUCACCACUCUCAUCCCCUGCAACCUAUACUCAAAGCUACUUGUCGGAAUGUUCGUCCCAACUCUAGUGGCCAUUCUACCCUUCGUACACAAUCUGUAUGCCAUUGGCUUUAUAAUCUUCUGCUGUGAACUGGCCAACUCUAUGCGCCUGGCGGCCAUGACGCCCAUCAUGAACUCAUUCAUGAACAGCAAACAGACCACGAUACGGCUGGUGUCCAUAGUCACCCUACUGUCUUUUGCAUACAAGACUAUCGGAUUGUCCCUAGGUGCCUAUCUGUUCACGAUUUGGGAACCAUUUCCCUUCAUCGCAGCCGGACUGUUCCAAGUGAUAAAUGCAAUGGGAAUCCUGUCACUCAAACCAUACAUAGACAAUCAGAUGUCCAAAGAUGCAGCUAUGGAACGCAAGACGCUUUUAGACCAUCACUAGUGCAAUAAAUCAACCAAUCAAUUACAGCAAUCAGUUAAUUUUAAUCAUGAAUCAGUAUUUUGCAAUCAGCUCCAGGAUAGGAAAAAUUGAAGUCGGCCAUAUUAGGUCAGUAAAGUCAGCAAUUUUUUCCACAGAUGACAUGAAAAAUAUGAUUCUCCUUGCAAUGUUUGAACCAAUAUUUUUGGCGAGCAUAUUGCCAGAUUGUGCCAAAAUUAUUUAAUUAUUAGCAAGUAAUUUUGUUAAAUUCCAAUUUUCUAUCUUCAGUGUUUUUGUUUGAAAGCAGUUUUCAUUAAGAAUCGUCCAAUAUUGUGAUUUUAUUUUAAUUUGAUGUUCUCAUAUAAGUUGUACUUAAACUUCGGUGAUGCGACCAAUU